AUGCCUCAGCGCUGCAUCUCCAGGACCCGCCGCUGUUGUUUGGACACUUCCUACAGCUGCAGAGAGCGGCUGUGGAUGGAGCCACCUGGCCCAGCGUGCGUCAUCCCAGUCAUGUGCAUCUGGCCCCUGGACUCUGUGGAGGAGGUGAGGGACAAGAGGCCCCUGGACUCUGUGGAGGAGGUGAGGGACAGAAGGCCCCUGGACUCUGCGGAGGAGGUGAGGGACAAGAGGCCCCUGGACUCUGUGGAGGAGGUGAGGGACAGAAGGCCCCUGGACUCUGCGGAGGAGGUGAGGGACAGAAGGCCCCUGGACUCUGCGGAGGAGGUGAGGGACAAGAGGCCCCUGGACUCUGUGGAGGAGGUGAGGGACAGAAGGCCCCUGGACUCUGCGGAGGAGGUAAGGGACAAGAGGCCCCUGGACUCUGUGGAGGAGGUGAGGGACUAG